CAAAAAAAAGAAUCAGUCAUCAGUGGAUAACAAAGAGAAAACAACUGAAGAAGCAUUUUGGGUUUGUUUCUGAACAGACAGCAGAUCUUUGUGAUUCUUGUGUUUAUUCAUGUUUGAAACCAUCGUUCAGAAAGAGAAAGUAAAGUUCAGAUUGCUGGAGCUCAAACAGUGAAAAUGUCUUCAUCAGCUGAAUAUGACUAUAAUUGUCCCGUGUGCUGUGAAAUCUUCAAGACUCCUGUUAUUUUAUCGUGUAGUCACAGUGUCUGUAAAGAGUGUCUUCAACAGUUCUGGAGAACCAAGAAAACUCAGGAGUGUCCUGUCUGCAGGAGAAGAUCCUCAAAAGAAAAUCCUCCAGUAAAUCUAGCUUUACAAAACUUGUGUGAGUCGUUUCUGAAGGAGAGAAAUGAGAGUCGUUCAUCAGGAUCUGAGGAGAUCUGCAGUUUACACAGUGAGAAACUCAAACUCUUCUGUGUGGAGGACAAACAGCCUGUGUGUUUAGUGUGUAGAGAUUCAAAACAACACGACAAUCACAAAUUCAGACCAAUAAGUGAAGUGGUUUCAUCAUAUAAGGAGAAACUCAAUAAAGCAUUGAAGUCCUUAGAGGAAAAACUUAAAAAGACAGACGAAAUAAAAGAAGACUUUGAGAAAACAGUUCAACACAUCAAGUCUCAAGCUGAGCACACAGAGCAUCAGAUUAAACAGCAGUUUGAGAAGCUUCAUCAGUUUCUCAGAGAUGAAGAAGAAGCUACAAUCACUGCACUGAGAAAGGAAGAGGAGCAGAAGAAGCAGAUGAUGAAGGAGAAGCUGGAGGAGAUGAACAGACACAUCUCAGCUCUUUCACACACAAUCAAAGACACGGAGGAGAUGAUGAAAGCCAAUGACGUCUGCUUUCUAAAGGAGUUUCCAGUCACGAUGGAAAGAGUCCAGAUCUCACAGCCGGAUCCACAGACGCCUUCUGGAGCUUUGAUUCAUGUGCCACGUUACUUGGGCAACCUGCCGUUCAGAGUCUGGAAGAAGAUGCAGGACAUUGUCCAAAACACUCCUGUGAUUCUGGAUCCAAACACUGCUUUUCCACGUCUCGUCCUGUCUGAUGAUCUGACCAGUGUGAGACGGAGAACGAACAGUCAACUGCUUCCUGAUAAUCCAGAGAGAUUUGACCGUAAUCUCUGUGUUCUGGGUUCAGAGGGUUUUAACUCAGGAACACACUGCUGGGAUGUGGAGGUUAAAGAGAGUUCAAUCUGGAGUCUUGGAGUAACUACAGCAUCAAACCAAAGGAAGGGAGGUGAUUUCUUUAACACUGAUGUCUGGAGUGUGCAGUACGGAUUGUCUGAUGAGUUUGGUUUUCCUGUUGAACAGAAGCUUGAUCGUGUGAGAGUUGAUCUGGACUAUGACAGAGGAACGGUGUCAUUCUCUGAUCCUGUAACUAACACACAUCUACACACAUUCACAACCACCUUCACUGACACAGUCUUUCCUUUCUUUAGUACUCUCGACUCUCUGAGGAUCUUACCAUUCAAUAGUCAGUAAAUGUUACAACUGUAGGUCUGGAUAGACCUGCUUUCAUCUUUUACAGUCAUCACGUUUCCAAUAUUUAAUCUAUAUCACAAUUUCAAUAUUUGUUCAAUAUGAGACUAAUGAAUAAUUGUAUAACUAACCCACAUCAAUGUUAAAUGAAAUAAUUUCUUAAAUGCGAAUCAUUGUUGGACACAACAAGGAACGCCUAUUCCUAUUUAAAAAUAUUCAUUAGUCCCCCUGAAAUUAAUCAAUAAAUCAGUCAAUAUAUUUUCUGUAAUGAUUUCUUGUUUCAUCCUUCUGUCUCAACUCUUGAGUGACAACAGAAUAUUUCUUAUCAAAACCAGUCAAAACCAGUACGAAUGUGAAUCAGCUUCAAGGGCCUGAACACUUUUUUUAUUUUGUUUUGUUUUGUUUUGUUUUGUUUUAUGUAGUAUAAUAUCAACAAUAUACAGUAGUAAACAUUUAAAGUGGAUCAAAAAGUUCAUCAAAGUUGUACUAAGACAAGAAUGGGUAUUAUUUUGGUUUUAGGACAACUUUAAUAAAAAGGUUUUAAUCCACUUCAAAUGUUGACUACUGUAUGCUAUAUGAAAUAUUUAUUUUGUCAUAAGAAUAACAAAUCAGGGAGACCAGAGUAAUUUGGGUCCCAUUUUGGGUCAAAAUCAACCAGUCGUGGCAAGAAAGGUGAACUAGAGAAGAGAAAGGGAGACAUCUAUAUCAUAUUCAAAAGAGUAUCAGAGUAACUAGUGUAGGUAGUGGAAACAG